AGUGAGGGCUGAUUCCAUUACGGAGAUGGUAGCCGUGUGCGAGGCUACUCUAUCAGCGAUCCUUUGGAGAGAGGCUUGGAUAGGAUAGGAGCCAUGGCAUUAUUCAGGGAGGAGGGUCCAGGUUCCUUUGGCUGCUGACAGAGACAAAUCAAGAAUGUUUUAACUUCAGAAAUGGAAACUAAUACAAAAAAACUAAGAUGAAGAAGCAAAACCCAGGAAGAGUUAAAAUUUGCAUGAUGAAAAGAUCUUCUGAAGAUGAUCUAGAAGUUGAAGGAGACAAAGAAGCAGAUGGUUUCAGUAACAGACUGAACUCAGAGUAUCAGGACCGAACUAAAGACGCCUUGAUCCCUGAGGAAAUCUCCAUGGCUGCACAAAAUCUCCUCCCUGACACCACAAUGACCGUCACAGAGACAAAUACAGAUGACGAUACAAAAUCCAAAUUUAUGCAACAGAAAGAGAAAGAAUUCACUUCAAUCCCUUUAAACAUUUAUUCUUCAGUCCCAGAUAAACACGACCUCCACUACCAGGUCAAGCAAAGGUAUUCUCCUCAUGAAGUAAAACAGGGCAACACCAUUCUCCCACCCCCGACAGAUUUAUUGGAUUUCAGUGCUAAUUGUCUCAAUUUGGAAACAACAAAAACAGACAGAUAUUCACCAAUGGAAGGAAAUAAACGGCGGUCUAUUGAAACGGGACCCAUUAUUGAGCUGGACCCUGGACUUCCUGUUUCUGGUUUUUCAUACAGAUCAUUUAGCCAGUUUUUUUCACAUCCCUUUUACCAAGGAACAAGGAAUUUUAGUGUUGGGUCAGUUUCUGACAAUUCUCAUAUUCAGCAAAUGAUAGAAAUGGAUACAGAUUCAGCAAUGGAAGAUGGAAUCAUAAGAAAAAAACUUAUCCUCCCUAGCACCACAAUGACCACCACAGAACCAAACAAAGAUAUUGAUAAAGAAACACCAAACAAGACAUCAAUUAAUCGGCCGUUUUCUUCUCGCCGUAAGCUUGAAACUCUUAUAAAACUCCAGAAACGAACUGAUGUUAUGAAUUGUAGAGAUUUUCAACCAUCCAAUUUCACUUCAUCCCCUUCGAGAAUUUAUCCUUCACACCCAUAUGACCUCCACUACCAGUUCAGGCAAAGGAAUUCUCCUCCUGAAGUAAUGUUUUACAACACCAUUCUCCCACCCUCCACACAUUUAUGGGAUGUCAGUGCUGGAUCCAAUUCUGACAGUUCUCGUUAUCAGCAAAUGAUGAAAACAGUCAUAGAUUCAACAAUGGAAGUAGAAAAUAAAAGAAAACAAAAUGUUCAACUAGUGGCUAGGGAGAUAGAAAGAGAAGUAAGGGCUUCUAUUAAACGGGAACUGGAUGACUGUGAAUUAGAAAUGACUGAACCUGACUCCACCAGUACUGUUCCCAGUCCAGCAGCUCACUACUCCACACCUUUCUGA